CUCCCUAAAGUGUGGAGCAGGAGCGCGGUGGUGGCGGCGCCUCCUCCUCCGCCACCAAACUCCGGGGCGGCGGGAUUUGGGGCCACCUCCUCCUUAGCCCGGAGGAACCUUCUCCCGAGGUUUCAGCCCGACUUUCCCCCCAUUUUCUUUCUUCUUCACUUCCUCUUUUUUUAAACACAUUUUUUUCUCUCUCUCUCUCUCUCCUGGCUUCGGACCUCAGACUGCCGCAGCCCGAACCUUCCCCGGGCUCAGCUCUUUGGGGCUGCCCAUCCCUCCGGCGGCCAGGAAGGACGCGCGCCCAGCAUUGGGCAAAGAAAAGAAGAAAAACUUGUCGGAGGGGUUUCGCCAACCCCAAUAACCCCCUUCCACAAACCUAAACCUCCCACCGGGGCCAUCCCAAGACGGGAAAGUGACUUCGGAGCCCAGAGUUCUCUUGGAUUUGGAGGAGGCUUCCGCGCUGGCUGUGGAAUUAGAUCUGUUUUGAAUCCAGUGGAGCGCAUCGCUGGGGCUGGGAAGUCACCGUCUGCCGGCACCCGGGUGGCGCUGCCUGUGUGAAGCGGAGAGUUUGCGAGCCCUGGCUGCCCGUAGCGUUUCCCACCCGCAGUUGUUCUGUGUCCUGUAAAGGCUGCGAGUGUGGCAAGUUGCAACAGAGACCCAGAGGUCCGGAGAGGGCUGCGCUCCCUUUUGCAUUCCCUUCUUGUUAUUUUCGGUUCCUGACCGUGAAGUCCCAUCGAAAUUACAAAGGCCUCCAAAUCUCACGGACACCCAGCCACAGCGCUCCGCAGCGUCGCCCCCAUCCCCACUGGGAGCCCAGGAGCCCAGAGCACUGGGGAAGGACUGGCGGGGCGGGGGAGAGAGGUCUUGGCAACGGCAUGGCGAGGUUCCGGCGGGCCGACCUGGCCGCUGCAGGAGUUGUGUUACUUUGCCACUUUUUAACCGACCGAUUUCAGUUCGCUGAAGGGGAGGCUGGAAACCAAAUCAAUGAUUGGAGAUAUGAGGUUGCUCAGGCCUUCCCUGGAACAGCAGAGGAGGUGGAAGUGGACUCACAGGCAUACAGCCACAGGUGGAAAAGGAACCUGGACCCUCUCAAGGCAGUAGAUACCAACCGAGCAAGCAUGGGCCAAGACUCUCCAGAACCCAGAGGCUUCUCAGACCUGCUACUGGAUGAUGGGCAGGACAACGCCACCCAGAUUGAGGAGGAUACAGAUCACAAUUACUAUAUAUCUCGGAUAUAUGGCCCAUCUGACUCUGCCAGCCGGGAUUUGUGGGUGAACAUAGAUCAAAUGGAGAAAGACAAAGUGAAGAUUCAUGGAAUACUCUCCAAUACUCAUCGGCAAGCUGCAAGAGUGAAUCUGUCCUUCGAUUUUCCAUUUUAUGGCCAUUUCCUACGUGAAAUCACUGUGGCAACUGGGGGUUUUAUAUACACUGGAGAAGUUGUGCAUCGGAUGCUAACAGCCACACAAUACAUAGCACCUUUAAUGGCAAAUUUUGAUCCCAGUGUAUCCAGAAAUUCAACAGUCAGAUAUUUUGAUAAUGGCACAGCCCUCGUUGUCCAGUGGGACCACGUUCAUCUCCAGGAUAAUUACAACCUGGGAAGCUUCACAUUCCAGGCAACUCUCCUCAUGGAUGGACGCAUCAUCUUCGGAUACAAAGAAAUUCCUGUCUUGGUCACACAGAUAAGUUCAACCAAUCAUCCAGUGAAAGUGGGGCUGUCUGACGCUUUUGUCGUUGUCCACAGGAUCCAGCAAAUUCCCAAUGUUCGAAGAAGAACAAUUUAUGAAUACCACCGAGUAGAGCUACAAAUGUCAAAAAUUACCAAUAUUUCAGCUGUGGAGAUGACCCCAUUACCAACCUGUCUGCAGUUUAAUGGUUGCGGUCCCUGUGUGUCCUCUCAGAUUGGCUUCAAUUGCAGUUGGUGUAGUAAACUUCAAAGAUGUUCCAGUGGAUUUGAUCGCCAUCGGCAGGACUGGGUGGACAGUGGAUGCCCUGAAGAGUCUAAAGAGAAGAUGUGUGAGAACACAGAGCCUAUGGAAACUUCCUCUCAAACCACCACAACCUUACACACGACAACCACGCAGUUCAAGGUCUUGACCACCACCAGGAGGACGGCAACAUCCCAGCUGCCCACCAGCCUGCCCACAGAAGAUGAUACCAAGAUAGCACUACAUCUAAAAGAUAAUGGGGCUUCGACAGAUGAUAGUGCAGCUGAGAAGAAAGGGGGUACCCUGCACGCCGGCCUCAUCGUUGGAAUCCUCAUUCUGGUCCUCAUUAUAGUAGCAGGCGUUCUUGUGACAGUCUAUAUGUAUCACCAUCCAACAUCAGCAGCCAGUAUCUUCUUCAUUGAGAGACGUCCAAGCAGAUGGCCUGCAAUGAAAUUUCGAAGGGGUUCUGGACAUCCUGCCUAUGCUGAAGUUGAACCAGUCGGAGAGAAAGAAGGUUUUAUUGUAUCAGAGCAGUGCUAAAAUUUCUAGGACAGAACAGCACCAGUACUGGCUUACAGGUGUUUAAGACUAAAAUUUUGCCCAUACCUUUAAGACAAAAAAAACAAAAAACAAAAAACAAAGACAUACACGCAAAGGAGCCCUAAGCUGCUGUAGCCUGAAGGAGACGAGAUUUCUGGAAAAGCCCAGCCCAGGAUGUCUAAAAGAAAUUUUCAAGCUUAUACAGGAUACCAUUUAUAUUGAGCAUGGAAUUCCCUCGUGGAAUGACAUCUAUAGUUCACUCGGAAUAUCUCCUGUGGACUUUCCAGAAGUAUAACAAUAUUAUGAUGCUUUUGGCUUAGGUGCAGGGUUGCAAAGGGAUUGAGGAAAAUAAUAAUAAUAAAGCUUUAGUUCACAAGGGAUCUCCAUCUUUGGUUCAAAUGUUCUUCUCUGAUGUCUCCAAGGUAACCGUGUUCCAAAGUCUGAACCCUUUCACUCAACAGAGCAAUGAUGAAUGUCUCAAGAUUGCUGGGAACAAUAUAGCUCACUCGGGAGCAAAAUCAAACACAAAAUAAGAGAUUUUUCUGUCUUUUCCAAACAGACGUGUGGCACAAGGAUUUUGUUUUUCGGCUCUAGAUCCAUCUGUUUGAACAAGUCCAUUACUUUGCGGGAUGAAUCUUUCAUCUGUACAGGAGGUUGACAGGAUGCCUGCCGGUGUCUUGGUAAUGAAGGCCCUUCCUAGGAGCUGUGAAACAAUUUCCAAACUUUUAGUUGAGGAUUAAGAAGGAGGGAGUAGCAAAUGAGGCUUUUCAUUCUCUUGCCUCAGAAUAAAAUGUUUGAUUGUUUUUCAGAAACGUUGCUUCUGUCUCCCACCUGCAAAGUCGCAUGGAGCCACAGUUGCUCUUGGCUGAUGGAAACAAAAAGAAAUAUUACCAAGAGUUCCUUGAUCAUUUUUGAGACAAAAAUGUUAAAGGAUUUUAAACAUUUGCGUUUUUUAAUUUUUUUUUUUUUUUUUUUUUGCCAUUUCUGUGCAAAAAAUCCAUUUCAUUGUCCAUUCCUGUCCAAGAAGCCACUCAAGUCAGGAUAUCCCUGGUGAUAUAAAGAAUGAAAGAACACUGCUGAAUCAUACAGUAAUUUUCUUUAAAGCACAUAGUAGUUACAUAAAUAUAUAUAUAAAUAUAUUUUUGUUUAUAACUAACACAAGGCAGGCUCUUGUGACUCUAAGCGUGCAUUUUGUCACUAAGACAAAACAAAUGCAAGACAUAUCACUGCAUUACUUCCAUAGAGUUGUAAAAUAAUCCUUAAUAUUAGAAUAUUUUUAUGUCACUUAGCAAAAGUGGUUCAAUUAAUUGCAGUGCCUGUAAGUUCACUGUCUCUUUGAUCCACUCUUUUUCAUGCCAAACCCCUUCCCUCCCUGGCUAAAGGAAGCAGAUGCUUAAACCUCUUUAGAUGGAGCUGUCAUUUGCCCAGUCAUCACAAUCCAGAUUUUAAAAAUUCUGCCCAGAUGGAAGAAAGGAAAGAGCCACUUGAGAAGUAAGUGGCUGAUAUAUAUAUACUGAGCUCCUAAAGUUUAAAUUCGAUACUGUGUACAAUGUUAUCCACAAACUGACCCAUGCAACUUACAUUCUGUGCCAAGAAACUGUUGGUUCUUGAAAGGUACAGUGCUCAACAUUUGCAGAUUCAGGUCUCAGAAAGCAGAGAUGUCUCAAAAGUAUCACUUUACUAACAGCUUAGCCUCUGUGCACAAUGUCUGCAUUGGACAGCAUCAGUCCUCAGUGUCAUACUCUAUCAUAACAAUGGUCUGGCAUUAGCAAGUGCUGCUUUCUAUCAUGUAUAUUUUGCUUUAUCUUUUUAAGUAUCUGAUGAGAAUGCUUUUUCCUAGCCUACUUAGUUAAUGAUGGCAAAAAAAUAAAUGAAAAGCAAGGUGAUUGAAGUAUGUAAUGACAAUCUCUGCUAUAGCUGUGUUCAGUUUCUAUGAGAUGUCCCAGCUUAUUCUUGUGGAGUGGGUUGGGUCAGAUAACAACAACCAGAUAAUCUCCCAAUGUAACUGGUGUAACUGGCAUUCUACAAAUACAUAUGAAACACAUGGACAACUUCCUUUUGGGAUACGAUAGCGCUUCUUUCAUGAGCUUUGAUGGUAGGUGUGGCUUCCAACAGCAGUUGAUUGGCAGUUAUAUAAAUACUUGCAUAUUAUGAUGCAAUUUCUUAUACACUUCCCUUAAGCAGUAAUGUUGUUCUUACACCCAUCAGAGCUUGUCUUCCAUUUUUACAUCAAAAAAUUUGAUAAUCUUAUUUCAAUAAAUAAAUAAAACCCUCUGGAUUGUUCAGUGAGCCAAAGCACCAAGUUGCGGCAGGGUGGAUUUUGGAAAUAAAAAGCUGCUACUAAAGUGUGAGGAAACUUCUAGGAGAACUAAGAGUUUAAGGUGGCGAGAAGUUUGUGUUGUGUAUGAAUUCUUGAGUUGUACAGAGAAAAUGUUGAGUGAAUCCCCUUAGAAACUUCCAUUCUAUUUGUACUUCUGAUUUGCUCUUGGUGCUCCUUUGCUGCAAAGGAAGGGCAAACACAGUUUCUGGAAAUUUCAGAAUGGACACCAUGGCAUUAAACCCUACAUCUGUUAUAUACUAGAGAAGGUGCAUGUGUACAUGACUCAACAUGCUAGAAGAAUAGAGAAAGACUCAAUAAUAAUUUAAAGAAUAAUAACAAAGGGACACAUAAACUUCUGGAGAAAUCAGGUAAAUGGUGCUACAGAGGAAUUUAACUAUUUCAUCUUAAUUAUUUGUAAAAGUAAUAAGCAGUGAUUAGCUAAAUGUAAUAAGUACCAAGAAAAAGAUAAGGAAACCAGACGGCACUGACUGUAAUACUGGUUUGUUUCUGAAGUGUGUGAACCUAAAGAUGUACUAACAAAUAGAAAACUAAAGAUAAAUGAUAAAGAACAAUCGAUCACUAGUGUUAUUUUGGUUUAAGAUACCUAAGGCACUUGCAAAUCUGUGAUUUGUAUUACCUACAGCUAUGCUGGCCACUAUUACCCACUAGCCAAAUGCAAAUAGUAAAAUUUAAAUCAGUUAAAAUUAAAUACAACUUAAAAUUCAGUUUGCGCCACAUUUCAAGUAGGGAGGCCUCUCACGGUUUGUGACUACCAACAACGCUACAAUCAUUGUAGAAUAUUUCUAGUAGAAAGUACUAGAAAGAUGUUUCCUUCAGAUUCUUUAUUCUCGAAGACAAAUUAACAAGAGAAAAGAGAGAAGAUCUGGUACCUCUUCCACAUACCAAGUGCUUUUUUAUUUCAGAGAAAGUCCAUGGAAUAAUGGAGAGCAUGGCUUUCGAGUCUCCACUAAUUUAUUGUGGGACAAUCACUUUCACCUUAUAAGUCUCAAUUUUCCUGUCUUCCUUGCAAGAUUAUCAUGCAGACUGAUUCAAACAGACUGUUCAAACCUUGUGUCAGUGUGAUCCAUAUAAAGCACAUCCUUUGGUCCAGGGCCAGCAUAUAUUCGCAUUCAAAGGAAGAAUAGACCAUCAGUCCAAAAGGCAGUCAAAGACAAUUCAAUAGAUUUCUUAAGAAAUUGUCAAAGAAUAAUGCAUCCAAAAGACAAAACAAUUACUUAAAUUCCUUUCCACCCAUCUUCCUGUUUCCUUUGGAGUUUGCUCCACAAGAUAUCCAUCCAACUAUUUUUCUUCUUCCACACCAAAAUUGCCUGUGUGUGUUCUUCAGCAGGCUGGGUUAUUUGUUCUGUACUCAGCUUCUCUAGUUUCUUCUGAUUUCCCAUUUUACACUACAGCAAAAGAAAGCCCAGAAUCUGAACAGAAGGCUUCUCCUUGGAAGGCAAUACUACAAAUGUAAUUUCAUAUUUAUUUUAACCAUGUAACACAUAUGUAAGAGGCUAUGACAUUAAAAUAUAAAAACACAUGAAACAUAUGUAUAACUUUUGCAAAUGCAGACUAUCUAAAAGGAAUAUAAUUUCUUUAAACUCUGCUAAUAUUCAGAUGAUCUAUAUUCUCAAUUUAGCACAAUUCACCAGUUUUGGGCAAAAAAAAAAAAAAUCAAUGUAAUUUCUUCCUUGAAGGAGUAGAUUUGGUAAUGUCCCUAGUAUGUUGCCCAUAAAAAAAUAUAAAUAAAUAAAAGUUUUUUUUUCUGGAAUCCAUGCCUUGGUUGAAGGCACUUGAUUCUACAAUAAGAAAUAAGUAUUUAACUACGAAUAACCGAAAAGACAGAACUUGGUUAUGGUUUCUUUCUCCUGUGAAAUAUUCUUUCGCUUUGUAUUUCUUCAGGUAUUUUCUAGAUGUUUUAUUAAAAUGUGCUCCACUGAUUCCAAAAGAUUGUUCUUUCUUUUACUUUCCUGCUCACAACCCCCCUUUAAGCAUCAGCACCUGUAUGGGAAUGAUGGGAGGUCAUCUAAUCUAACAUCUUCAUUUUAAAGAUAAGAAAACCAAGACCCAAAGAAGUGUAGUAACUUUCCCCAUGUCAGCACUGGAUCUUGAACUUAAAACCCCUGACAGGUGAUUUUUGUUCAGUUCUUACUGCCUGCACCCCUGUGUCAGCAAUUAAGACCAACCAAGCAGCUUAAAAGGCGCAAUCCAUCUCAACACUAACUUUAUUUGCUGUCUGGAUUAUCUGCUGUGUUUUGUGAUAUGGAACAUCGAACCAAUCUUCCUUUCUCAUAUUGCUGUCUUACGAAUGCUGCUAUUUUUAUAACAACCAGUGCUUUCAAUUUCUAGCCAUGGAAGGGUCUUUCUUAGUUUUGUAUGUCCCCUCUUCCACCUCCCCAUCUGUGACCAUCCACAUUGGCAAUACUGUUUAUCUUUGCCAUUUAAAUUCUUUCUGCCUUUAUUUCAUUUCUUUCCAAAUGUACUUAAAAACUGCUACUCCUCAUGACUGGUUUUCUUACCAAAUAUAUAACAUGAUUUUUAUUUUCUCUUUAAACUAUUUGAAUGUUUUGGUCCCUGUAAGGUCUUGUGAGCAAAGAUUGUGAUGUCAGGGCUAUUAAAUAUUACAUAUUCAUGUUACCUUGUGUUUAUCAAACACAUAACAUUUUAUAAGGCAUUUUGUUUUAUCCUUUUAUUUGCUCAUUCAUUCCUUCAACCAUUUAUUUUAAUUAAUUAUUUAUUGAGCACCUGCUGCCACCAAGUUACAGUGCUAGACCUUGCAUAGUGACAGAAUUCAGACAUAUAUACUGGUCAGUAAAAUACAGUAAAAUUCUUAAACACAACUUUGCCAAUAGAACCACUCCGACUUUCUAUUCUACUUAGGAAACUAUAAAGUAUUUGAUCUGAAAAAUGCUUUGGAAUAUAAUACAUCAUUGUGCACCUGUGUGUUUGUUUUAUUUUAAAUCAUCUGCUAAUUUUAAGCCUAAAAAUAAAAGCUACUCAAUAGGUGUCACUGACUAGAUAGACUUUCCAGUUCACUUCUUACUGAGUAGACUCAAUAGUGCAAGUUUCACUAUCUUGCAUCAAUAUUUCUGUUUUGGCUUUUUCAAUUAUCAGCAUGAUUGUUUUAAGGUCUUCAGAAACAUCAAUGUAUCAAAGAAGCAUUUGCACUUUAGGUACGUGUGGUUGUUAUGUCACUUAUUAGAUAGUCUCAGGUCUUCUCAAUAUCAGCACUAUUGACAUUUUAGACCUGGUGAUUCUUUUUUGAGGAUGGGGAAAGUGGCUCUGUAUGGUGUAGGGUACUUGGCAGCUUUUAUGGCUUCUAUUGACUAGACUAUGACAUAUUCAUUCCUUCCUGAUGUGGCAAACGUGUUUUCAGACAUUGAUGUCCCUUGGGUGGAGAAGAGAGAAGGGAUUAGACAAAAAUCUCCCUAGAUCAAAGUCACUGUAUUAUCUAGUGAUCAAAAUGUGUCAGGAGCCCCCUUUUUUUUUUCCUUUUUUCAUUGACUCAUCAUCACUAGGUCUUUAUAACAAGAUUUGGAAUCACGAACUGUUUGAAUUAAAAGAGACAGCAAAAGUCACACACAACAGCAACCCCACAUCACCCUUCUCUAUUUCUCCAUCUGGUUUACAAAUUUAUUGAUAGGAGAUUGGAAAAUUGGUUAUCUCUAAGAACUUAAGAAUUAACUGUUCAUAGCUAGAGGUAGGACCGUUGAGUAAUUAUGCUUUGCUGCUCUAAUCCCCAUGGCAGGGACCUUUGCGUUCCAUGUAGGGACUUGAUACUCAUACAACUUCAGUGUCUCCGAGACUUUGGGAUGUUUGCUUUUGUCGUUUCACACAUUUACAAAUCUGUUCCUUAGUCUUUGCCUCAAAAUGUGCACAGAAGUUGAAGCUUGGUGCAUCUAAUUUUGAGUAUACCCAGAUGAGUUUUCUAUUUCUAUUUUUAAUUCCUGAAAAUUUUCUUGUUUGCUUUGCCAGAAUCUUCCAUUUUCUAGUUGGCUAACACUUAUAAAGCAAGAGUAACAAUAUGAUAUUUAAAAUUGUUCUUCUAUAGAAAAAACAAACAACACUGUCCCAAGAAAUCGAAAAUUGUAAAUUUCAGAGUUGGAAUGCUUAAAUUUUUCAAGCCAAAGUUUGUACCAUUUGAUGUGCCUUAUGUCAGUUUUCCUGUAAGGUCAAUGAUUUCCUAUGAAUAACUGAAUUCAAUCAGUUUGUACUUAGUUCUGUUUUGCAUAGAUUGGAAAACAUGGUGGUUAUACAAAAACAGUCCCUUAAAAAUAUUCCAGAAUUAACAACAAACUCCCAACUGAACUCUCAGGCCUUCUUUGCUCUUUUCCUAAAGGAUCAACUCAGUCUUUGAAAGCCUUUAUAAUUAUUUACUACAAAUGCACUAAUUGAAAACCUUAAUUACAAAGUCUAUGGCUAUUGAAUAUUGAAAAGCACACCUAGGGAAAAAAUCUCAUAAGAUAGUCGUGGAAAUUGAAAACUACGACCUAGAAAAAGACUCUCAAAAUGUGUAUAAUUUUCUACUCUAUCACUGUUGUAUCAGCUUACAGGGUAUUACAUCUUAAAGUUUUGAUUGAGCUGAUCCUCUAACUUCAAUUUAAAUUGUAAUACAACUGCCUAAGUAUCACAUAACUUAUACCAUCCAGUGUCCAUUGCUCUCAUAAUGAUUAUUACAAAGAAGCAAGUGAUAAUUAUUAAAGUAAAAAUCACAAAAUUUCUUGAAUCAAUUUUCCAUAUUAAGUUUAUAGAACAUAUCAGCAUUAGUUCUAAGUAAAACACUUAUUACGAAUGACCAAAUCAUGCAUACAGGAAUAAAAUGGUCAAAACUUGUUAUUAUAAGGUAAUUGCUAGCUCAUUGUUGACACUGAAAGAUCCUGUUACUUAAAUCUAAGAUAAAAGACUGGAAAUAAUUAUAUGCAAAUCAUAAGCUAAUAUUCAUCUUUAUCUAAGAUUUAUUAACAUUUGAGAAUUGUCCCCCAAAACCUUCUCCUAAUGGAGUAAAGUAGUAAACUUUCUUGACUUGAUGGAUAGUGACAUCAUAUUCCUUUUUAUUCUGGUUGGAAAAUCUCAAUGACUUCUAUCUGUCUCAUAGGAGUGUGAAAUUUUAGCAGCAGUCUCUCUUUUCUCUAGUGUUACAAAUAGAUAUACAUAUUCAAGACUUAAUUGAAGUGUCUAUUACCGAUGAUGCGGCUCUAAACCUUUUGUGCCUAUCAAAUAAAUACAGAGCAUGAAACUUGAGAAUUUUGCUAUAUUUGGGUGAUAUAAACAUAGGAGUGGGUGAACAGAGAUGGUUUGGGGGGUAAAAAGUAAAGAUCUAAAUUACUAUCAGGCAGAGUUUUCAACUGUUCAGAGCAGAGUGCAUAUAAAAUGUUCAGUGACAAUUACCUCAAAGUUAGGUCCUUUGGACAUCCAGACACUGGAGCACAGAUUCCAAAGCUAUGCUGAGUCAUGUGAUGUACUGAAGCACAGGAUGGGCCUACUUGUUCUAAAACCCAGCCAUUCCACCGCUCAGCUGUACCUCUUCUAUGGCACUGAUCCUAAAACCAUUGAGGUCCUCGCCCAAAGGAAUUGGGUUGCAUAAUGUCAGGUGAUAACCAGAAGAGACUUUGCAUUUAUCUCCCUUGACUCUAAAAGCAUAAUCAUAUUCUUUUUUUUUUUUAACCAAGACUAUGAGCCAGUCAACCAAACAAGUCAGUAUAAAAUAAAAACAAAAAAAAAAUUUCCCAAUGACUAGAUAUGAAAGGAUACUUUCAUCUAUGGGCCCAGAGCUGGAUCUCUGUGAAGUUUGACUGAGUCUCAGGACCCAGACCCCAGUGUUAUUGUUGAGACAUUGUAGUGACAUCUCUGCAACCAUUUUAAAGGCAGUUUUAACAAAAACAUGCAUUCAUAGCAGAGAAAUAAAAAUUCAAGUUAAGUAUCCUCCACCAGGCUACUCUGAAAAUAACAUUAGGAGAAAUCAGAGUUUCCCUUGCAAAGAAAUGUUAAGAUAAUUUUAGGAAAAUGGACUACGUUUCUUUGGACACAGACAUCUUAUGUACACCAUAGCAGUCUUGGGGCCCUGGCUGAGAGCGGGGGAUGUCUUUUCACUGGUUGGUCAAAACAAAUCUCUCAUUUGCCUGCUUUGAGACAUUUGGACAGUGCCUGGAAAGUACAUUAUUUUCAAGGGAAAAGGAAAAAAAAAAAAAAAAAAAAAAAGAAAGAGAGAGAGCCUUUUUUUCGUGCCAGUUGGGAUCAUGGGAACUUCAAAUGCCAGGAAUUUACUACUGUUUCUGGUAAUUCUGCUUGUAGUCAUUUGAAACAUUCAAGGGUGAAAGGAGAAGUUGAGUACUCAGGGAGGGGCGGGGGGCACUGCCCGUGUUUCUUGCCAGUUGCACCAGUGCACAGAAUAUUUGUAAUGCGUUUCGAAGUGGGUAUAAUCGUCCCCUUUGUCAGAAUCACAAAGCCCACUGUGGCACUCCUAAAAGAGAACACUGAGGAAAAUCUGACCCUAUAAACGCAGUCAACCCCAAACCAAAGAAAAGCUUGUGUGGGAGAGGAGAGCACAUUGCCAGCACAUUUCCCACCGCUUUUGAAAGCCCCGUAUGUCCAGCCCAGGACAUGUCUUACAGGUGAAGGUUGAUUUUGCAGAGGCUUUUCCUAAACUUCAUUAACACAGAGCUUGGAAAACUGAGCAUUCUGAAUUUCUUCCAGGCCUCUGGGCUUCAUUCCUAUUCCCUCUCUCAUGCUAAUGACACAUUCCAAGACUGCCUUCUGUCACACUAAAAUAACACACAUACUUUACCAUGACCUGAUGUUGGACAUACCUGAGCCUGCAAAUGUAGAAACCAUUGUAUCUGAAUUUGCACCGAUGGUGUCUCAGAGCAAAAGAAACGUGACUUCAAUAUGUACUUCUGCAAACUUCCUGGUUAUUUUCACUGUACGGUUAAUUAUCUAAUUUUGAAUGCAUUUCCUUAUGAUUCCAUUAAUUUGCCAUCUAUCUUUUACCUGGGGAUCAGUCUGACUGCAAUAAUGUUUUCUUCACACAACUUCUUAUACCAAGUUUGUCUGUGAUUCUUCUGCUUUACAGUGUGUGGGGAAUUUGUUUUUCCUUCCUAGGAAUCAUUUGAUAAGAAAUUCAGUGUAUUAACUGCCAAGAUGACACAAUGCAACUUUUAAGGUCUGGAAGCUGGUGGUGACCAAAUGUUACCUGUGUUCUUGCUGUGGAUUGCAAUACUCCAAACUAAACCAUGUUUUUCUUACUCUCGGUUGGAGUCAACACAUUUGGGAUUUUAAAAGGGGGAGAGGGAGAUAUUUGUGUAAUAUUGCUGUCAUAUUUGGCUACAUAUUAAAAACAAUAAAUGAGCAUUUUGUUUUAAUUUCUUAAACACUUUUA